GUUUUCAAAAACCGUCAGUCAAAGCUGAACCAUAACCAAACUGGCUACACUACCGCCUUUAAUCUAGCUACCCCAGGCCAAUGUCGCCGGUAAUUCCGCCGGCCCCACUUCCUCCGCCGUAACUCCGCCACCACCCUUACUCAUCCCUCGACCCUAGCUACGAGCUCAAUCCUUCGUGCUCACACAAAAUACUCCAACUGAAAAUGGCAGUUACCAAGGAGUCAACUCGGGACCUAAACCACCGCGUCCUGACCUGCCUCCACAAGCUCUCCGACCGCGACACCCACUCCGCCGCCGCCUCCGAGCUCGAAUCCAUCGCCAAGACCCUCCCCCCUGCCUCCCUCCCCCCCUUCCUCUCCUCCAUCUCCGCCACCGACACCUCCGACAAGUCCCCCGUCCGCGCCCAAUGCCUCCGCCUCAUCUCCCUCCUCUCCGCCUCCCACGGUGACGCCCUCUCCCCCCACCUCUCCAAGCUCCUCUCCUCCGUCCUCCGCCGCCUCCGCGACCCCGACUCCUCCGUCCGGUCGGCAUGCGUCCACGCCGCCUCCUCCAUCUCCUCGCACAUUACCAAGCCCCCGUUCAACUCCAUCGCGAAACCAAUACUUGAGUCUCUCGUCACUGAACAGGAGGUGAAUUCUCAGACAGGCGCCGCGCUUUGUCUGGCGGCGGCGAUCGACGGAUCGCCGGAUCCGGAGCCGGCGUACUUGAAGAAGCUGUUGCCGAGGCUGGAGAAGUUGGUUAGGUGCGAGGGGUUCAAGGCAAAAGCGGCGGUCUUGAGGGUUAUUGGGAGUGUGAUUGGAGCGGGGGGUGCUUCGAGUCAGCAGACGGUGAGGAGUUUGGUGCCGUGUUUGGUUGAGGUUAUCGGAAAAAGCGACGAUUGGGCGGCGAGGAAAGCGGCGGCGGAGGCGCUGGUGAAGUUGGCGGUGGUGGAAGGGGAAAUGUUGACGGAGUUUAAGGCGUCGUGUUUGAAGACGUUCGAGGCAAAAAGAUUCGAUAAGGUGAAGAUUGUGAGGGAGACUAUGAAUCAGUUGGUGGAGGUUUGGAAGGAGAUUCCUGACUUUUCAGAUGAGAUCUCAUCUUCACCUGAACAACAAUCUUCGCCCAAAGAGGAUGCAAGCGAUAGGCGAUCUCCACAUCGACCCAAAACUUCUGUCCCGUCUAGAGCUCCUCAAAUGAGGAAGAACAGCAUGCCAACUAACAAGCCUUCUUUACCUGAUUCAAUCGCGACUCCCGCCUGUGAAAUAAGCCCUCUUGAUAGUAGAGACAUGAAAUCAGGCCCAGCAAUCUUUCGGAAGCUGGAUAAGCAAAAGCCCACCGGUUCGAAAAUCAAAAUUGCUGCCGCUCAUACUCCAUCCACAAUGGUGGAUUCUGGGGAUGAUUCUGAGAGUAGAGAUGAGAAAGGUGAUAACGCGAGACGUGGAUUUGCAAAUCCAAAAGAGAAAAGGGCUCCCUUGAAAAGGAAUGGGGAUAACAAGAUGCUUAAAUUCGGUGGUGUUAGAGCCGGAUGUCAAGUGGCUCCGUGUUAUGAGGAGAGCUCAGGAUCCACCGUUGUAGUUGGUAAUGUUCCCGAGGAUGUGUACAGAGAGCAGAAAGAGUAUGAGGAUCUAUCUUUGAUCCGCACGCAGCUUCUUAAUAUAGAAAACCAGCAAUCCAGCUUGUUGGAUCUCCUGCAGAAAUUCAUGGGGAGCUCUCAAAACGGAAUGCUCUCUCUGGAGACACGCGUACAGGGAUUGGAGCUGGCACUGGAUGAGAUCUCAUACGACUUAGCUAUGUCAGCUGGAAGAAUGUCGAAGGUUGACUCUGCAGGAUCCACCUGCUGUAAACUACCUGGUGCAGAAUUUUUGAGUCCGAAGUUCUGGAGGAGAACAGAACCACGAAAUUCAACCUCACACUUCUCUCCUUCUAGAGACACGCACCCAAUCGCUGCCCCACCCAACAUAGCCAAUAAUAGUCGCCAUUCGGGAACGUUUAAGCUGGAAACCAGAAGAUUGGGGCUACAACGCGGUCAUGGAUUUGUUGUGAACCCUUUGGCUGAGAUUCAGAGCACGUCCCAUGGGAUUUCAGAGGUUUCCUCUAAUAGAGGUUUGACGAAUGUUCGAAAUGCCAUAUGAUAUCGAAGUUGGGACAUGGACUGGCCAGUUUAUAAGCAAAUGAGCUGCUGAGAUCAAACGAAGUCUGAGUUUUGAUACCAAUUCAACUGCGACCAACUUGAGAUACGAUCCGCUACUGUUGAAAUAUGGAGAUGGGUUAUGAUUCAUACCAGCUUUUGAUUGGAGAAAUUGUGCUUUAUGUAGAAAUCUGAGCAUAUUCGGUCGGUAGACUUCCGGUUGGAGACAGAUUCUGAGUUACUGGAAGACGGGAAGGAAGCUCAUUACAAUGUGCAUCGGUCUUUGAUACAAAGCUUUACCACGUAUAGAGAAAGUGUCUUUUCUUUCAUUUCAUUCCAUUCUUUGUUGGUUAAAUCAUAUGGAAAGGUUUGUUAUAAUGGUGAUUACACAUGUUUCUAUGAUGAGAGAUGAAUUUCAAUUCA